CGUCCUCGGGAAGGUAGGCAGAAAGUAAGGAGGUGUUCUGUCUGUCAGGAGGUACAUAUAUAAGCCAUAUCUUCCUGCAGAGGCUCACUACCCACCGAACUUCCCUAUCUCCACAAUCAUGGCUCUUAAGGUCGCCCUUUUUGCCGCCAUUGCAUUGGUUUCUGUCAGCGCUGACUCUCCCGCUCCUUCAUAUGGCGCUCCAGCUCCUUCUUACAACGCUCCUGCUCCGACGUAUGGAGCACCUUCCCCGUCCUACAAUGCCCCUGCUGCUGCGCAGGGCCCAGCGCAGUACGACUUCAACUACGCCGUGAAGGACGACUACUCCGGCAACGACUUCGGACACCAGGAAUCCCGCGACGGCUACAACACUCAGGGAUCCUACUACGUUCAACUUCCCGAUGGUCGUAGGCAAAAAGUGACGUACACUGUCAACGGAGACUCAGGAUAUGUAGCCGAAGUGACCUACGAAGGGGAAGCCCAGUAUCCUCAGGCUUCCGGGGGAUACCAACCAGCUCCUAAAGGCGGAUAUGCCUAAGGAUAAACCCAAAAUGACCUUCAACUUACAAGAUCUAGUAAAAUGACUGUUCCCUCGCUAUAUUUAUUUAUUUAUAUGGAUUUACAGUACAAUAAAAGAAAGGCUACAUA